UUCACUUCCAUUCAAUUCCCAGUGAUCUAUGUGGCAACAUAAUGUUACUGCUACUAAUUGCUUCUUUGAUUCUGGUAUCCACGAGUGCGAUGCCAAACAAUUUCAUAAAUAAAACAUCGGAUUAUUUUGUGAAAGAGAUAUCAAAUAGUCCAGGAAUUGACGAGAUACUAGCAUCGAAGGAAAAAUUCGUGAAGCCACAGUUCUUUGCACCUAUAUUGUCAGAUGCGGAACUUACCACUCUUGAAUUAGUGGACAAAUAUGGCUACAAUGGCGAGCUUCACAAAGUGAUUACUUACGACGGUUAUAUCUUGGAGCUGCAUCGAAUAACAGGGCGAUCUAAUUCCAGUGUAGUGCAAAAACCUGUUGCGUUUGUAAUGCACGGUAUUUUGGGUAGCUCGGCAAUUUGGGUUCUUUCCGGACCUGAAAAAAGCUUAGCAUUUAUUUUAGCAGAUGCGGGAUAUGAUGUGUGGCUGGCUAACGCGCGCGGUACCAUGUAUUCUCGUAAACAUAGACACUUGUCUAUCCAAGACAAAAAGUACUGGGAUUUUAGCUGGCACGAGAUCGGGACGCGCGACCUUCCUGCAAUGAUAGAUUAUGUUGUGAACACGACUGGUCGCGAAAAAUUGUUUUACUUGGGGCAUAGCCAGGGUACUACCACUUUUUUUGUUAUGGCAGCGGAACUACCUGAGUACCAAAAGAACAUUCAGGCGAUGUUUGCCAUGGCUCCAGUUGUUUAUUGCGGCAGGAUGCCAAGUCCUGUUAUGCAGUUCCUGGCGAAAUUCUCUUGUUCCAUUAACGCGCUGUUGAAAUUAAUCGGAAAGUACGAAUUUGAACCUACUAGCGAAGCUAUGAAUAUAUUCAAAAAAAUUGUGUGUGCGGAAGACACUAUUACACAAUCCUUGUGCUCGAAUUUGCUCUUUUUAAUUACUGGAUUUGACAGUGAACAGCUUAACAAGACCCUUUUACCAAUAACGUUAGCGCAUAUUCCCGCUGGUACAGCUACAAAACAAAUGAUGCAUUAUGCGCAGCUUAUUAACUCUGGAAUAUUAGUUGGACCGGGAAAAUUUAGACAGUAUGAUUACGGCCCAUUCGGUAAUUUAAAAGAAUAUGGCUGGCUUAUUCCGCCAAGCUACAAUCUAAGCAAGAUCCAAGUGCCGGUUUCGUUGCAUUAUAGCACCAAUGAUUGGUUAGCGAAUGUUAAGGACGUGCAUAAAUUGUACAAGGAGCUAGGAAAUCCUUACGGUAAAUUCCGAGUGCCAUUUGAAAAAUUCAAUCAUCUAGAUUUUAUGUGGGCUAUAGAUGUGAAGGAGCUUCUGUAUGAAAAGAUAUUAAGUCUAAUGACGCACUUCCCGCAUUGAACUGCAAUCGUAUUUUUCAAACAUCGCAGAGUUUAAUAUACAAAACUUUGUAAAAGAUCUUUUUUACCAUUUUUUAA